AUGGCCGCCUAUGCAGCCUUGGUUUCUCUACUGCAUAUCAUACACGACAUCCAGCGCCAUCACUCUCCUCCGAUUUCUCUCAACAAACAACAACUUCAAUCUCUCACUCAAAAUCUUACGUUCUUGCUGGAAUUUCUUGAAGGUUAUAAGUCCCCUGUUUCCGACGGCGAUGAAGCCGAUCCAUUGGAGAUGCGUAUUGCAGAUGCAGCUUAUGCAGCUGAAGAUGCUAUCGAAUCACAUAUUGUGGGCAAGAUUCAGCUGAGCAGAUCCAGAAAAACUGUUUCCAGCCGCUUCUUCAACUGCUUUCGAGAUCCGAAAAACGUCUCAUCAAAUCAUGGUGAUGAACAGAUGAACUUGUUUCAAGAUGUACAAAAAGUGAUAGCAGAAAUGGAUGAGAUCAAGAGAGUAACAAUGGAGACCAAUACAGAGAAGGCGUGUAGCUUCGUCUCUGCCUCUGUCUCAACUAGGAAGAACAAUAAUGGCGUGGUGGUUUGGUCUGAGGAUGUCUUACUGGGAAUCCUUGAAAGGCUCGUUGCAGACCAACCCAAUCGCCAAGUCAUCCCGAUCACAGGCAUGGGCGGGAUAGGUAAGACCACUCUUGCUAAAACUGUUUACUCCAAGCCAAUUAUUAAGGAGCGUUUUGAUAUUUGUGCUUGGGCUACUAUUUCUCAACAUUACGACACGAGAGAAAUUCUUUGUGAACUUGUUUAUCAAGCCACUAACAAAAGCAAGCAACAACUGAGUGAUAGGAGUGAAGAUGAACUAGGAUUAGAGCUCUACCAAUAUUUAUCAGGUAGAAGGUUUCUAAUUGUAAUGGAUGAUAUGUGGAAUAUCGAUGCGUGGGAUAGCAUACAACGUUACUUUCCUAACAAUGAGAAUUAUAGUCGGGUGUUAGUGACGACUAGGCUAUCACAGUUGAGUUCCCAAUUGAACGAUAGUUAUAGCCUUCAAAUGGGAUUUUUAGAUGAGGAUAGAAGCUGGGAUCUGUUCUCAAGAAUUAUGUUUGGUGUUGGAAGUUGCCCUCGUGAAUUAGAGAAAAUUGGAAAGAAAAUUGUAGAGAAUUGUCGAGGACUUCCUUUAUCGAUUGUUCUAGUGGGAGGUGUUUUGAAAAAUAUGGAACAAACCCUAGGAUGUUGGAAAUCAGUAAGGAAGAACUUAAGUUCAAUAGUGAAUUUGGAGAAUGAUAAGCAUUGCUUGAAAUUGUUGAAAAUGAGCUAUAAUCAUUUGCCAGUUUAUUUAAAACCAUGUUUUUUGUACAUGGGAGUGUUCGAGGAGGAUGAUUCAGUUGAAGUCUCAACACUGGUGAAGCUAUGA